AUGCCGACCCUGCCCUCGUUUGAUUUGAAUGCCGCCGGAGAAUUAGCAUGCACCUACGGGCGUUACUGCCAGGCGCUAUUCAAACGUGCACUUGUCGUUGGAAUGUCGCCUGCUAAACAUCCCGGGUUGGGGAUCAACCUACGAAUUGAAGCCUACCAGCUGGUUAGCGUCGCUGAAUCGGCGUUUGGGAACGAGAUGCCUCUCAGCUGGAAAUUCGAAGACCUUGCUUCAAAGCUUGUCAAGGCCCAGUUGAGCAACGAAGAUCCCCGAGAGGUGAAUCUUUCGUUGCGGUUUCCGCCCUUGUGGAGGCCCAAUCCAGACGGAAUGUUUCCACUCCGCUCGUUGCCCACCACAUUUGUGGAUAGCAAGGGCAUCAUCGGAUGGUGGUACUUACCCUCCUCUAUAACAGAAUCCCGACAAGCCACCAUUUUAAGUGCUGUCAGAACUCUCUGUAACCACAGAGGAACCCCUGUUCGAACUGACUCUCAAGGAAAUUGGCGUUCACACCCCAGCCAUUUCUCAGAUGGUCAAGAACUUAAACCAGGAGUUGCCACAUUUUCUUCUUGCUGGUACCAGCAAGGCCACGAUGGCCCCUACGAUUCUCCAACUCCCUCGGCGACGCUGAAAGGUCCUGCUGGUCAGCAAUUCAUUAGGGAUAUGACCGAGAGCUUCGCGGUUCUCGGUGGAGUGAUUGCCAUCACCCAACCCUGGCUCUUCAAUGCCGGUCUGGAAGUCUUGGAGUCGCUGCAUCGCCGGGCAUUCCCUGUGGACAAUGCCGAGACGUUGGAAGCCAUCCUUGAUUUCUGGUCCAACCCUUUCACAGCGUUCUCUGUUAUUGUCAACAGAGAGUCCUCGAUUCACCGUGACAUCUCCAGUCCGAUUUGGGCCUAUGAUCUUAUCUACACCGGUGGGACCUAUCGCAAUGGUCGUUUCGAGAGCCCCACUCUUGGCUGUCGGUUUGUGUACAACCCAGGAACGGUUAUCGUCGGGCUUGGCUGUUUGAUCAGACAUGGCGUAGCGCCCGUUGAUGGUGAUCGCAUAUGCAUCGUCUCCUAUUUCCGCGAGUCCAUGCUUGAACGGGGAUCGCAGUACCAUGGGGCCAAGCCACCAACUUCAAUCCAACUUCGUGACUUCUACAUGGACACUCCAAUGUAA